UAUUGCAGCAAACACAUCUUAAUCUCUCAUUCAUUCUUCUUGCACAUCACCUGCGACAUUGCCUAAUUAACGAAGCCAUUUCCAGUUUGUAAUGAAUGGUAGUCCAAGUCCCACGUAAUUAAUUUCUUCAACCGAUCACGGCCGGCCCGCAGAUGGAGUUCACAUGUAGGUGAAGGAUCAAACCUCUCAACUUGCAGUUAUUGCAGUGAUUGCUCUAUAAAUAGUGGAACUCAAAGUCUCAAGUUUCAUCAAGCCUCCCUCAACCAAUUGUAUAUCACAUGGGAACCUUAUUGGAUCAUUCCAAUAUGCAUAAUGAACACGAUGAUCAGCGGCAGCUUCCCUAUGAGAUUGUGGAGGAAAUUCUGCUGCAACUGCCGGUGAAGUCCCUCCUUCGUUUCAGAAGCGUAUGCAAGCCAUGGCUUGCUCUCAUCUCCGACCCAAAGUUUGUCAAGUCACACCUCCUUAUCCGCUCUACCAAACAAGACGACGAUGACGAUGAUUGUGAUCAUGAUCAUGAUGCUCACGGCAAAACUACAUCGUCAAGAGCACGACUCAUGCUCUCCUCUUUGUCCCUCCUCCAGUCCGUCCACGUACAAGUUCUCAAUACCACUACUAUUGAUGCACCUGCAACGUCAACCUUGCCAUCCCGUGGCGACGGUGAAGCAGAAAGUCUAGCAGAAGCAAAGGCAGAAACAGAAACGAAGGCAGAAGCAGCCGGCACAACUGGUGUUAGUAGUACUACUAGGGUCGUGGAGGCGGAGCAUGAGUACUCUGUGACAAUGAGGCGGCCGGUCAAAGACAUGAAGAUUGUCGGCUCUUGCAACGGCCUGGUGUGUUUGGUGGUUGACUCGGAAGAUAUGAUGAUUUACAAUCCAUCCACCAGGCAGGUUCAUGCAGCCCCAAAAUUGGCGACAAUCUCCGGUAAGGAUUACUUCUAUGGCUUCGGUUACGAUUCGCGCAAGGAAGAUUAUAAAAUAGUGAGGGCCACUUCUUCAAGUAAGGCCGGCGUUUUCGCCACCCAACUUGACAUUUAUUCUUUGAAGGCCAAUACAUGGAGAGCCAGGUCCGAAACCCUGCCUUUUUACUUUCUGUUCAACCUUGUCGGAACCCUACUCAACGGGGCUCUCCACUGGGCAGUCCGCCGCGGAAAGACCACUGAUCAAGCUUACGCAAACGGUGAUGGUGAGAGGCCUUUCUCAAUCGUUUCUUUCGAUAUAGCGGAGGAGACGUACCGGCAAGUUCCCCUACCGGGAGACGGCGACAAGAAUUUCUCGUUCUAUGGUUUGGGGGUUUUAGGAGGGCGGCUGAGUAUGUUUCACAGCCCUCAUGGGUCUGAUUACCAGGUGUGGUUAAUGAAUGAGUACGGGGUCAAGGCAUCUUGGUCUAUUUUCACUACCAUUCCGCUGAAGAUGGAUUCUGAAUACCUAGGGCUGAUGUCACUUCUGAGUAUUUUGAAGAACGGGGAGAUUCUAAUCCUCUUGCAUCAAAGGAAACUAGUCAUUUACAAUCCGGCGGACAGAAACUUCCGAGCCGUCUUUUCCGGGGAUGUACAAUCUUCUCAAGUGGCUUUGUACAUGGAGAGCCUUGCUUCACCCACCAUGAAAUACUCCAUGGUCAGAUAGCUGAUCAUAUUAUCAUGUACUUAAUUAAAGAUAAUCAUCAGUAAUCACGAGGAUGAAAGAAAGAAGAAGAUCAGGCUAUCCACUAAUAAGUUACUAUCUUGUCGAAAUGAUUGUAAUAUUAAUUUGUAUCUUCCUCAUUAUUUAACUUCCAACGUGAACUGGUUUGUUUGCUUA